CAUAAACCCUCACGGUGACGUAGUCAACAUCGGAUAUCAAGAUGGUGCUCGAAAGUACCAUGGUCUGGUAAGAAAUUAGAAAUAUUAAUAAAACCAAUAUUUACAAGACGUGUUUCAUGAAGGAUAUGUUACUGUUUGCUUCGUGAUAUAUUCGUCUUACUUGGUCGUUGAUGGUAUCGAGCAGCAAAAGAAGAUAGGCGACAUUGUUGUGUUUUAAAGUGAAGAUGCUCCCUCUAUUCCCUGAGUCACUCUAUAACCUGGCUAUCGUUAGCAAGUCUUAACCCAUCAUUAAACAAAGACAUUUGGUUCAUACUUUGGCAUUUUGAUAAACCCUUAUAUCUUUUCGUGCUAAAUCAUGUUUUAACACGGCUUUAGGUUUCAAAUGUAAAACCUAAAAUCAUCGUCAAAGUUGACAGAGAUUGGUUCUGCUUGAUGUGUUAGCAUUUGCUAGCAAACUACUCUAGACCUGUCAUAUCCAAAACAAUGGAAGAUGCGGGAUCUUUUGUUUUAUUUAAACACUGCAAUUUCGAAAUCAAGUCGUUAUUACUAUCAGCUUUUAGAAAUUGAUACUGUAAUAACAUUGUGGGCUUCAUGGAGCGUAUACAGUUAGUGGUGUAGCUACCGUCAGAGCUUCCAUAAAGUAGCAUUAUAUCAGCUUUACUUGUACUGUACUGUUACAUCAACUGUUCUUGUUUUCUUAAUGUUAUUUCCUUUAUUUACAUUUUCAUUUAGGAGCCAUUUUUGUAAACCUGCCGAAAAAGGUCGUGUUUGUGUUGCUUGUUAGUUAGACUCAGUUAUUUCCAGUCCAGUUUCCACAUUUUAAAACAGAGGACAUUGUAAAACAAUUUGAAGCAGAAAUACAGAAACAUUCUAGAUUGUGAAAGUCACACAAUUGACAUUUCUACCUGAUAAAUUAUCUGUACAAUAACAGAUUUACCGAACUGUGAUGGGUCACUCUUUCAUUAAUCCAAUGCUCCAGUUUCUUCCCUAUUAUAGUACUUAUUGUUUCACAUAUUCACAUAUAUAUUGUCAUAUUGCAAAUGCUGGCCUAUAACAGCCUACAUGUGUUUAGCUUAAGUAAACGAGUCUUUUAGCAACAAUCACUAUGAACACUAUUGUUCUUCUUUUCUCCUUUUUUUAUGUAAAAUGUUAAUUUUUGAUUUUAUCAGUGUGGACAACAGUGAGUACAUGCGCAAUGGAGACUUUCUGCCAACGAGACUGCAGGCGCAGCAGGACGCAGUCAACAUCGUUUGUCACUCCAAGACACGCAGCAAUCCUGAAAACAAUGUGGGCCUCAUUACCAUGGCAAAGUAAGAAGCAGAAUGCAUCAUCAAGUUCAUUCACAGUGUUUUUUUUUUAAUUUAAUUUUUAUUAUUUUAAAUAUUAUGACAAAAAUUUUCCUGCAUCUCUACCCAGCAACUGUGAAGUGUUGACCACACUAACUCCAGACACAGGCAGGAUACUGUCAAAGCUGCAUGCUGUGCAGCCUCGAGGAAACAUCAGUUUCUGUACCGGCAUCAGGGUGGCACAUGUAAGUUUGUGAAUCUUUACAUAGUUGUUCCCUGAAAAAGAGCUGAAGCAUAAUAAGAACUUCCAGAGCAUGGGGAGGUCAGCGUAAGGUAAUAUCCAAAAGAUAAAUAAGCCUUAAUUUAAAACAAAAUCAAACACCACAAAUAAUAAAACUGAACCCUCUCUCCGAAAGUCAGAAUAAUUACAGCAAGCAGUUUGAGUUUUCAAAGUGGAAUGCACAAUUAAGAGUAGCUUUUCCCCCAAAAGUAAAUAUUUUACCUUGUGAUCAAAAACACCAGUAACUAACUGUAAUGCUGCUGAGUGUGUGUUUAGAAAGUCUUCCUAGUUUUUCAUACACAUACAUUUUGUCACCCCUGUUUUGCUUCUUUUGUAGUUGGCACUGAAGCACAGACAGGGUAAAAACCACAAGAUGCGCAUUAUUGCAUUCGUUGGCAGCCCAGUGGAGGACAAUGAAAAAGAAGUGAGUUACGUCAUUGCACAAGCUUUUUGUUCAAACACUUAUAACUUCAUGUUGUAUUUAUCUAAGUUAUACAUGUGAACUAACAACCUCUUGUGGUAAGGAGUUUUAUUAUCUAAACUAUUCAAGUAAAGAUCACAUAUUUAACAUGGCGUGAUGCAGAACAUGUUAAGUGUUGUUAUUCACCUUCUACGUGUUUUUUUUUUUAAAUGAUAAAACAUUUGUUCAUAAGUCUCACAUACCCCUGACAAAACAUGUAUCUUCUGACAUUUUUUAAUCUUGCAGCUCGUCAAAAUGGCAAAGCGUCUGAAGAAGGAAAAAGUCAAUGUGGAUGUCAUCAACUUUGGAGAGGAGGUUAGUAUUUAUCUAAACUACACACAGAUUCUUUUAUAUAUGAUGUAUUAUGCCGGCCCACAUGCCUACUAUCAAUUUUCCUGCAGGAAAUAAACACAGAGAAGCUGACAGCCUUCAUCAACACACUAAAUGGCAAAGAGGGUGCUGGUUCCCACUUGGUCACUGUGCCUCCAGGCCCCAGUCUGGCUGAUGCCCUGCUUUCUUCACCUAUCCUGGCAGGAGAGGGAGGUGCAGUGAUGGGUUUGGGUGCCAGUGACUUUGAGUUUGGAGUGGAUCCCAGUGCUGACCCAGAACUGGCUUUGGUAAGAGAGCAAAAGACAGAUGCAACCAUCACUGAAAUUUGUGUUGAAUUCAGUUUUCAAACUUUUCUUGUUAUUUUGCCUCAAAAAUCCUCAUUACAGUUAUUUUCUGUGAGAAUUUUACCUUUUUAUUUUGUUGCUCCUUUCCAACACAUCUUUAUGUUUAAUUCUAUUUCCUUUGCUGUUAACUCAACUCAACUCAACUUUAUUUGUAGAGCACUUUAAAACAACCACAGCUGAACAAAGUGCUGUACAUAACUAGACAAAACAACAAGAUAAAAAACAAUCAAGAAACAAUUAAAACAAUGGAUAAAAUAAAAGCAGAAUUAAAAGUAAAAUAUAGCUUCAAUGUUUUUAAAAACUAAUUUAAAAACAUAGAAACAAAUAACUAAAAACAAACCAUAGAACACUAAAACAGGAGCCGAGUCUCAUGCAGGGUUAAAAGCCAAUGAAUAAUUGAUAAAGGACAGUUAUUCUCAUUAUUAUAAUUUCUUUCUGUUCUCUUCCUCCUCUCUUUAGGCUCUGCGUGUGUCUAUGGAGGAGCAGAGACAACGACAGGAGGAUGAAGCUCGCAGAGCUGCUGUUGCAUCAGCUGCAGAGGCUGGCAUUGCCUCCCCUGCUGCAGAUGGUGUGAAAAAUAAUCCUCUCAUUUAUCUGCUAACAUAGAAUCUUCACAUCUUAAAUGGAUGAUUAGUAACUGGCUGCCAGACUGAGUGUUUUCACACUGCAUAUCUAUUUUCUUUUUCCUGCUGCAGAGUCAGAGGAAGCCUUGUUGAAGAUGUCUGUCCCACAUACAGAAUCAUCCACACCUGCUCUACCAGACUUCAGCCGCAUGACAGAGGAUGAACAGAUCGCCUAUGCUCUGCAGAUGUCCAUGCAGGGAGCAGGAGCAGGUUGAACACUCGUCUUAAAUUUCCCUGACCAGUGAUGAGAAGAUAAGAGAAGAUAGUCAAGCGGAGAACAAUUAUUCAUCAUUUUGAUUAAUUAAAAAUGCAAAUACCGGAAUUAUUUAUAGAAUCUCUUUACGCUCAUUCUGGUUCAUCUUGGAUUUGUCAACUUAAAAAGUGGACAGCCUGGGGUUUACCAGAGGCUUUCAGUCAGAGGGGUCUGCAGAAACACAAUGUGGUUUACUUGAAGUUUUCAGUGAUGAUUUUCAUCGACUACUACUGUUGCUUCAAGUUUUUAGCACAUGGUUUUGCAGUUGAUUUAGUUGUUGUCAGGAAAAUCUCCAUACCAGAGCCCAUUCAUAUUCUUACUUAUUGUUCCCACAGACCAUACUGGCUUUGGCGUGUGGUUUGAGACUUUAAAGAGGAAACAGAACAACCAGUUUUUGUGACUUUGACUGAAAAGUUUUUUAUAUUUAUAUAUUUGUACCAUUGGUUUGUUAAAUUUUAAGUCCAAAACAAAAGAACAUUGAGUAUCUGACCCUUGAUUCUGUUGUAUGCUUUACUGUUAAAGGGUUUACAUUUAUGCUUGUUGAGAUCAUUAUUAAAUGUAGAUGUUAGUAUUUUGGCAGGGGGACACUGUGAAGCCUGAGAAAAAAUCUCACAUGUCUGAGUGAUAAUCCAAAAAAACAUUGGCAGGGGCCUUAAAUUUUUUUUUUCUCAAAUUCUGUGGUUGGUGUUAACAAAGUCACCUAUUUGCAUGAAGUGAAGAAUUUUAGAGUACAAGCCCUUGGUUGCUUUUAAUAAAAAAAAAACACCAAAAAUGCAAAUCUGCAAAAAAAAAAGCUUUUUUUUAUAUUGGUAACUUUUUGCUUGCAGAGUUUGGUGCAGAGGAAAUGGACACAGGAGCUGAUAUGGACUCUAGUACGGCUAAGGUAAGCAUAAACAUUUUUGUUGGAUUGAAAGGUGCUUGUUAUAAACUAUUUUCACAAAUAUUUUUCUUUGCUCAGGAUGAAGAGGACUACGAUGUUAUGCAGGAUCCAGAAUUCCUCCAAAGCGUGCUGGAAAACCUUCCCGGAGUUGACCCCAACAAUGAAGCCAUCCGUAACGCCAUGGGCUCGCUGGCUUCCCAGGCUGGUCCCAAACCUGACACCAAGAAAGACGAGGAGAAAAAGAAAUGAGAAACUCGAAGAGAGGAGCUUAAUAUAUGACAAAUGAAAAAAGAACUAAGAAUUGCACUGCAUGUGUUUAUUCACAGAAAAGUUCUCCCUCUCCUUGACAGGAACUCUUUGGUUUAUGUGGCUGGGUUAACUGUAAACAACUGUAACAACUUGUUUGAUUUCUUUGUGUCAAGCAGAAUAUACUUACUAUGAUUUUUUUGUAAUAUAACCACUCAGUAACAAAGACAGACUUCCAAAAUAAAUAUUCAGAUUACAAGGUGGGACCACA